AUGAGCACACUUAUUCUGGGUGCCACUGGUUUGUGUGGCAGGGCAUUUCUGAAGUACUGUGAGAAAUCUCCAGAGUUCGGUGAGAUUUGUACGAUUACAAGAAGACCAUUAGCAUUUGAAUCGUUCGCAACGCAGAAGGUUGACGAGGAUACGACAAAAUGGGCAGGGUACAUUCCAAAUGAGCAUCUAAAGUAUGUGUUCACUGGGUUGGCCACGACAAGGGGAGCUGCAGGUGGAUUUGAUAAGCAGUACAAGAUAGAUCACGAUUUGAACGUGGAGCUCGCUAAGGUCGCCAAGAAAAAUGGCUGCUCAACGUUUGUCUUGGUUAGUAGCGCAGGUGCAGGCGAGAACUCUUUGUUUCCGUAUUUAAGAAUGAAGAAAGACAUCGAGAGAGACAUCCUUGCUUUAGAUUUCGACCAUACCAUCAUCUUACGGCCCAGCUUCUUACUUGGACAGAGGUUGGGAUCGAAGGGAUGGCUCCAGGGCUUUUCCGCCAAAAUUGCCUCCUUUUUCUACAGGGGAAAGUUGCAAAUGCUUGCUGGCUAUCCUGUUUAUGGUGAUGAAGUCGGUAAAGUUGGUGCCUUCCUUGCGCUCAAGGAAUCUGCCCCAGGUCAUAGUGGUAACAAGGUGCGGAUAGUUGAAAGUCAGGAGAUCCUUCGGCUCGCUGAAAGCAUGCUCAAGUAG